AUGGCAGAUGAUCGUCCAAAACGGGCGGAGGCUGGACCGGUCUCCAAGCCCUGUGUCCGAUUGACCUGCGAACUGUGCCGCCAACGUAAGGUCAAAUGCGACAAGCUCAAUCCGUGCACUAACUGCCAACGGCUGGGUGCUACGUGCGUCCCCGUGGAGCGCGCGCGUCUCCCUCGCGGCCGUUCCAAAAGGCCAUCUAACAAUCCGCCCGGCGAUGAGUCGGUGUUGCGAGAACGAGUGUCCCGGCUCGAGGAGCUCGUACGCCAGAUGACAGACGGAGAUGCCAGUAACACAGAGACACAAUCGUCAUCACACAGCAGAGUUGCGGCAACCGUAGACACCCACAAUUCAGGCCCAUCUCUAGGCAGUUCUUAUGGGCGAGAUGUCCCCAAGCGGACAGAGGGUCUUGAAACCGGAGAGCUCGAGAAGGAAUUAUGUCGGGUAUUCUUCGAGAAAGUCGAUCCGUACUUUAAGAUCCUCCAUAAGCCCUCAUUAAGCCGCCUCUUGCUCGCUGGCGAGCCCUAUCUGGACUAUGUGCCAGGGCACCCGGCACCUACGGCAUUAGCAUACGCCGUGUAUUAUGCUGCCAGCUGCAGCCUGAGUGAUGCAGAAUGCAGUCAGAAAUUUCAUACAAGCAAACCCGUACUUAUUGACCGGUACCAAACAGGGACAGAAUCAGCUCUAGCCCGGCUAGACUUCAUGGCAUCUAACGACCUCACCAUCUUACAAGCAUUCGUUCUGUUCCUUCUCGCCUCCCGGACGCAGGAUCAAAGCCGCCGCGUCUGGACGAUGCUGAGCAUGGCCGUCCGCAUCGCACAAGCCCAGUUCCUCCAUCGGCCAGAACCACCUUUCCCAGUGCGACCCUUCGAGCGCGAAAUGCGCCGGAGACUCUGGGCGGGCAUCGGGUUCCUCGAUGUCGAAGCCUCCCUGGACCGCGCCUCAGAGCCCAUGAUGCAGUCCACCUGGCUCACGUCGCAUCCGCCGCUCAACAUCAACGACAGCGAGAUCAGCUUCGACAUGGAGACCGCCCCAGCGCAAGAAUCCGCCGGCUUCACCGACAUGACCUUCACGAUGAUCGUCUUCAAAGCGCAGUCCGUCUCGCGGCUCCUCACCUUCUCCCACUUUAUGGAAAACACUGCCAACUCCAUCACCAUGCGCCAGCAUCUCGUCAUCGGCUUCCAGCAGACGGCAUCACUGCUGCUGCUGCACGCCGACCCAGACCGCAUCCCCUUCCACUGGUUCACGCGCGCCGUCGCAGAAUGCACCAAUUCCUCCCUGCAGCUGAUCACCCUGCGGCCGCUACAGCGGAUCCCGGGGUUUGUGCCGCCGCCCGUGCGCGGCGACCGGCUGCUGCAGGUCGCAGUCGACGUGCUGCUAAAGUCCGAGAGCCUGCGCAGCGACCCCCGCGCCGCCCCGUGGCAGUGGGUCGAAUACGCAUUCGUGCCGUGGCACCCGCUCGCCGUCGCCCUCGCCGAGCUCUGCGAGUGCGACGACCCCGCGCUCAUGGACAAGUUCUGGGACCCUGUCGAGCGGGCCUACGAGAGUCUGGGCGAGCUCGUCGCCGACUCGCGCAAGGGGGCCUUCUGGAAGCCCCUGGAGAAGAUGAUGACCCAGGCAAGGACAAAGAGGACGGCGCUUCGUGGUAAACCCGCUAAUGGCGGGUAUGCUGGCGUGGGCUUUGCGGCCGUCAAUUCGGCUCAGUUGCCUUCUUGUUCGCAGUCGGACAUUCGGACGUCGUUGGCGCUGGAUCCCGUUGCGGACCAGAGUACCGGCGUCUAUGUUCCUGCGUCUUCGGGUGCGAUCAUGCCGCAGGCUGCUGUGUUUGGUGCCUGGCCAUAUGUCCUGGCUGAACUAUGA